AUGAAAGAAGAUAUGUGGAAAAAAGAAAGUCCAAAAGAAGAAGCUGCAGAAGCAGAAGAAGAAGCUGAAAAAGAAGCAGCAACAGAUGUUGAGAAAAAAGGAGAAGAAGGUGAAGAAGCACCAGUUGAAGAAAGUCCAAAAGAAACAGCUUCAAAAGAAGAAGAAGAAGAAGACGAAAAAGAAGUAGCAACAGAUGUUGAGAAAAAAAGGAGAAGAAGAGAAAACGAGCAAUUCGUUGGAGGUCACGCUCCAAGUAACGGUGGUCUUCUCCCAGGCCGUAGAAUAGCCGAUCAAAAUCAUUUCAAAGUAGAAGCAAAUAUUAGUGACGAGGGGAAACUCGUCUGA